AUGACAACAGCCGUGAAUUUUUUGAAAUGUGCUUAUUGUGGUAUCAAACAAUAUCCGAGUUCAAUGAUAAUUGUCAAAAAAUCAAUUGAAGAAGAAUGGUCGGCGAUUUUUGGAGACGAAUUUCGAAGAAGAUUGGGAAAAUAUCGACAUAUUUGUAUGAAACAUUUGAAAGGAUUUGAGAAUGAAAAAGAUGAUGAUGAUGAAGAUAUUCAAUGGUUUUAUGAGAACGGUAGAGUUAGUCUGAAUUCAAAUUUUUAUUAAAAAUAUUUUUAUUUUGUCUUCAGAAAAUCUGCUUCAACAAAUUUUGCUGUUAUUGUGGUCCCAAAACGAAACCAAUUAAAAUGUGUGCAGUUCCAACAAAUGAAGAUGAAUUGGAUUUAUGGAAUUCAACACUGGGUAAAAAAUUCCAAAUCAACUCUUCAAAACUUCGAAUGCCGUGUAUUUGUUUGCAACAUUUUGAGGAGAAUCAGGAUUUUCCUUCCGCAUUUCAAAAAGGAAUUCCAUAUGAUGUUUUGGAUGAGUUGGGAAAAACUGUGAGUGAUUUAUUUAGGAUAUUUAGAGCUAGAAAAUUUGAUUUUUCCAGUCUCCAGGAUUUCAUUCAUGUGCAUAUUGUUUACGAUUGCGUGGAGAUCAAUUAUUGAUCAAUGUUCCGAAAUCUCCUGAUUUCAAAAAAGUUCGCAAAAGUGUUUGGCGCGGAAUUCGAAGAGAAUUGUCGAAAAAUGGUACAUCCACAAAUUUGUCGAAGUCAUGUCAUCCAAAAACUUCCGAAAUACAAGUUACCUGCUCUCAAAAUCUCGGACUUGUGUUUUGGACCGCCGGCGCCGAAAAAUAUCGAAUUGAAAGCGUAUUGUUGUUAUUGUGGAAUCAAGGAUAUUAAAAAGAAGAUGAUGCAUGUUCCAGCUGAUCAGAAUACAAUUAUCGAUUGGAUUUGUGUGUUUGGCAUGGAUUUUGAGGAGAAUUGCAGUUUCUUUCGAUAUCCAAUGAUUUGUCAAUCACAUGUUGAAAUUACAACGAAACUUGAUGGGUUCGGCCAAUUUCACCAACAUCAACCAGUUGCUUCAAAUCCUAAGCCUGAUUUUUCGAUUAGCAAAAACUGCAGAGGAAUUAAAAGAGUUCAUGAAGAAAAUCCGUGUUAUUCCGUGAGAAAAUAUGAGGAAGUUGAGAUUCCUGAGGAGCACAAACCUGAUGUUUUGGAAUUUCCUGAUGAUUUAGUGUUGAAAAUUGAGCCGCCAGAAAUCAAAGAGGAAGAAGAGGAAAUGGAUAUAAAACCAUCAACUUCAGAAAUCAUUCCAAAUAUUGAAAUCACAGUGGAAAAUGCAAUGUUGAUUGAACAAGCAAAACAAUAUGAAAAGGUUGGGGAGUUUUGGGCUGAAUUUUCACUUGAAAAAGAAAAAUUUUUUUGUUAUUUUGUCAUUGGUUCCCUGCUUUCAAUUCUCAAAUUUUCAAGAUACAAAAAAUGAAAAGAUAAAAAAUUAGUUUCUCUAAACUUCCAAGUGAAUCUAAAUUUUGAUGGAAAAAUUUUGAAUUUUAAUGCUGGAAUGUCAUCUAUAUUCAUGUUUUUGCAGCUCCACAAUCCUCUUUUCGGAAAAUGUUGCUACUGGGAUCAUUUUUAA